UUAAUUUUUAAUUUUAAUCACUCUAAAGGAAAGCGGGCAUUUCAUCAGUACAGCGCUGCCGGAGAAAAUCUUGAUCUCCGCCGGAGAUAAACUAAGCAUUUGAAAGUUGACCGCUCCGAUGAGGGAAGGCGGGACUUAUUCCAUGCUGGGUUUUGGUUUCUGCAGUUGGAGAAUUGGAUGAGAGCAGAGAACAUCGUAUGCAUCUCGAUCGAGUUCCUGAGUGAGAGAAUGAUCUCGCCAGCAAUAAAAUAGGAACUUGAUCUUCGGUUCGUGGCGUUGUCUCGUUCGAAAUACACUUUAACAUACUUGGGUAUCGAAGCAUACUAAGAAGACUCGCGACUGCUCAAAUAGGAAGAUUCUGAGUUCGAUUGACCUAGAGAGUAGUAGUACUUGCGCAAGAGCUCGGAUUGAAUUAUCCUUUUCCCUGGACGGCUGGAGAGAAGCAUAGAGCUCAUAACUACUUCGGUUUUGCUGCCCUAGAGAGUUAGACUCUGUGCUCUGAAGUAACGGAGAGAAAAUGUCUUUCGAAAGCAAGGGCUUUUGGGUGGUGAAGGGUCCUGGUAGUUUAACUGAUGGGGAGUUGGCUUAUGAUAACUCCUCCAGAAUUGAACCAAAGCGUACUCAUCAAUGGUUUAUAGAUGGCAGUGAACCAGAGUUAUUUCCUAACAAGAAGCCAGCAAUAGAAUCUUCAAAUAACAACUCGGUUUCAGGAAUUGCAAAUGUGGGUGUUUCUCAAUGGGAAAAUACUUUGAAUUUCCAGUCAGUCUCAGGUCAGUUCAGUGACCAAUUAUUUGGAUCUGAAACUGCAGGAACUAUAAAUUUUGGUGGUAGGAACAUUCAAUCUGUCAAUGCUGGGAAUUUGAAUAUCAGAAGAAAGGACGUCGAGGAACAGUUUGGAAAUGACCCGUCUGUUGGUUUAUCUAUAUCUCAUACAAUGGAAGAUCCUGGUUCAAGUCUCAGUUAUGGUGGUUUCAGAAAAGUUAAAAUUAAUCAGGUCAAGGACUCUGGCAAUGGCAUGUCUGUAUCAAUGGGACAAACGUACAACAGUGAGGACAAUGUUACCAUGUCAAUGGGUCACACAAAUAAUAGAUUGGAUGAGAGGACUAGGGGGGAUGAGGGUCACACCUAUAGUAGGGCAGAUGAGAGUGUCAUAUUAAUGGGCCACAGCUACAGCAGGGGAAAUGAUAAUCCCAUAUCAAUGGGCCUCACGUAUGGUGAGGGAAAUGAUAAUACCAUAUCAAUGGGUCACACCUAUAACAGGAGGGAUGACAAUGCAAUAUCGAUGGGCCACACCUAUAGUAGGGUGGAUGACAAUACAAUAUCAAUGGGUCAGAGCUAUAGUAGGGGUGAUGAAAACAUUUCAAUGGGUCAGGUCUAUGAUAAGGGGAAUGAGAAUACUAUAUCAAUGGGUCACAACUAUAAGGAUGAAGAAUGUACCAUAUCAAUGGGUCACAACUUCAUUAAGGGGGAAGAAAGUAAUGUGUCAAUUGGUCAUGCGGAUAAUAAGGGGUUUAGCAACACCCUAUCUAUGCGUCACAUCUAUAACAAGGGUGAUAAUAGCAUCUCAAUGGGGCAUAUUUUUAACAAUGGGGAGAGCACUACCAUAUCUUUUGGUGGCUAUGAUGAAGAACCAGAGAUCGACCCAUCAGGCAGGCUUAUAAGUGACUUGUUAAUGAGUCAAUCUUCUGGUCUGCCCGUGCAAGCACUUGUUGGGAAGGAACUGGUUGAUUCAAAUGCAGAUCUUGUAAGUACUGCUCAGCUGGCAACAUCUGGAGCUAAAACUGUUCCUAAAAACAAAAUGGAGCUAAAAACGCCAAAGAAGUUGUCUCCCAAUAACUUCCCUUCAAAUGUCAAAAGCUUACUAUCAACUGGUAUGCUUGAUGGAGUCCCUGUGAAGUACAUAUCCUGGUCACGAGAGAGGGAGCUUCGGGGAGUUAUAAAAGGCUCUGGAUAUUUAUGCAGCUGUCAGUCAUGUAAUUUAGCUAAGGCAGUGAAUGCUUAUGAGUUUGAGCGCCAUGCUUGUUGCAAAACAAAGCACCCAAAUAAUCACAUUUUCUUUGAGAAUGGAAAGACAAUAUAUGGGAUUGUUCAAGAACUAAGGAGUACACCUCAGAACUUCUUGUUUGAAGCAAUUCAAACUGUGACAGGUUCGCCAAUCAAUCAGAAGGCCUUCCGUAUCUGGAAAGAAUCUUUUGAAGCAGCUACUCAUGAACUUCAGCGUAUCUACGGGAAAGAUGAAUUACAACAAUCUCAGAAGGAGCUUCCUUGACGUGCCUUUUGUGCCUUGUCCAAAUUGUGAAUUAGGGUAAACACAUAUCGUUCGUGCACAUAAACAUAUGGCUUUUUGGUAUCAUAUUAUGCACUCAUUGUAGGUAAGAACCUGAUAUCCUUUGUGGUUUUAUGACAAGUUCCCUUGGAUAGAUCUAUUACUGUUGUAUUUCAAAUUAUAGAGUGUAGUAAAGGCAAGAAUUCCUUCUUUUCUGCUCCAGCAGGCAUUUGAUGCA